AUGUCGCCGGCGGGAAGGGUCGCCUGCAGGGGGUUCUCAUCUUCUGCUUCUCUUCCCAAGAGGAAAUGGGACGCGGUGGUCGUCGGUGGUGGCCACAACGGGCUGACCUCGGCCGCUUAUCUUGCGCGGGCGGGACUUGAGGUGGCUGUCCUAGAGAAACGUCACGUUAUCGGCGGCGCCGCCGUGACGGAGGAGAUUGUCCCUGGUUUCCGCUUUUCUCGCUGCAGUUACCUCCAGAGCCUCCUCCGCCCUUCGCUCAUUCGGUAAGCACCCAUCUGCGGUCGGUACGCCGUCAUUGCUUCUCAGGUGUUCUCCUCCUGACACUCUGUUGUUUGCUGGGUGAAAAAAGGGAGCUCGAGCUGGGCAGGCAUGGCCUGAAGCUCCUGAAGAGGAAUCCAUCCUCCUUCACCCCGUGUCUCGAUGGUCGCUAUCUCCUUCUGGGCCCAGAUUCUGAUCUGAACCACUCGGAGAUCUCCAAGUUCUCGGCAAGGGACGCAUUGUCAUACCCAAGGUACCAUGAGUGCCGCCAAUGUACGAUGCAAUGAAAGUAGUCUGUGUCACCGAGCCUGGUCUAACGCCUUCUGAUCUCACUUCUAUCGUGUUCAGAUAUGAGAAGCAGCUGGAAACGUUUUCCGUUUUCAUGGAUUCUCUCCUGGAUACGCCGACUCCAGAGAUAAACCACAGCGAUCUACCCUUUACGUCUCAGAUGAAAGAUAAGUUGCAGAAGUCCGCUUUCUGGUUCCGCUGCUUAAGGGAAGCUGUUCAGCUGGGACAGAAGGAUUCAUUGUGAGUCUCUGUCGCUUUGUCGUUCUUGUAUGUCGUUGGCGAUUCGGAAACUACUGAAGUAUGUGUCAUCGGUGGUGCUACAUCAUUUACAAGCUUUUAUUCCUGAGUGGUAUACGCGACACUCCUGAGUGGUAUCCUUUUCAGUGUUUAAUAUCGGAUGCACUUGUUUCAGGGAUUUCAUGGAACUCUUGGUAUCUCCUGCAUCAAAAAUUCUGAACAACUGGUUUGAGGUUGUUGAAGUACCCUUUGCAAUUGGUGUUUUGGUGUCCUGCAUCAUCAUCAUUUAUGACGUUUUAAUCAUAAAUCAAUUGUAUACAUAUAUCUCCAGAGCUGUGGAACAAAUUAUAUUUGUUAUUUUAUAUUCUUAUCUUGGUAUUCUGUAUGCACACCUCUUCUCCUGAAGAGUCUAGGAUGGCAUUUUGAGUUACAGAAAUUUAUUAUAUAACUGAUCUAUAAUCAAUUUCAAAUGGAAAUACCGAAUGCCUGGCCCUUGUUCGAUUUCAGCUCUUUAAUUCAGUUUAUUAUUAUUUUAUUAAAAAACUCAAGUAAUUGAGUUCCUGACUCUCGAAAAGUUAACUAAUAUCAAUUUUUUAACUUAAUAGUUUUUUAAUUCGAUUUCUAUAGUUAUACAUUUUUGUAAAGUUAUGGAAUUUCACUGCGCCUAAAAUCUUCAUUCUGACUCUAUUGCUGUUUUUUCCAUCUGCAGAGUGACGUUUUAAAGGCAACACUGGCUACUGAUGCUGUCAUUGGCUCAACGGUAAUAACUCAUACAUGUCAUUUUUCAUUUGGUGUAUUUGUCUAUAGCAAAUAUAGUACAUAGGUUACACCCUAUCAAAAAAAAUUGUAGUAGCUGAGUUUUUCUUUCCUGUUAUGCAUGGAUAAAAAACUAGUAGCCUUUUCUAUUAAAAAAAAAAUCACUAUAUUUACAGUUUACCUUUUUUGUGAUGCUAUUUAAUAAAUGGUUUGUAGUUUAUGCUUUCUUAUAAUCAAUUACAUGCACCAAACUAAUGACCACUGUGAAGCUGGCAUCAAUUAUUUUUUAGCUGUAAGUUUAAGAUUCAUUGGAAAUCUAUGAUGGGUCACUUAUUAGCCUUAGUUUCAGGUUUUUUAGUUAAUUGCAAGAUGUAGAGACUGAAUGUUUGAGAGGAUAACUUUUCGUGAUUGUUCAAUGCACAGCAUCCAUGAGGCAGUGGACGUUACUUCUUAUAGAAAGCAGCUUGUGUUUCAUGUCAUUUGUGAACGAAAUUGAUUAUGCAUAGCAGAACAGACACCUCCCAGAACUCUACAGUGGACUUGUGAAAACCUAUCAAUCUUUUCAACGACAAACAAGUAGAAGAAGAUCCUAAGCCAUGCGACAGUGUGAUGUUAGUCUUUCAACUGUACUACGAAAGGAAUUACCUUGCCACAAAAUUGGAGAUACCCCUGCAUAUCCCAAGGCAAUACCAUAUUUUCAAUAGUUGUUUAUCCACUUUACCGCCCACUUGAGAUUUUUGGAAGUUUUCUGAAGACUUUGCUGUUCCUCUUUAUCUUUGCAUCACACGAGGCAGAAUGGUGGACUACCUUCCAAUCCUUCACGUCUGCUCCCAUGGGUCAGUUUAUUUUCGUUCUGUAAUUAAACUAGAGCACAUUCAAACAUCUUUCCAAGACCUAUUAGAAGUUUUAACAGUGAAAGCUGGCGCAAGUGCCAACUUUCUGUGCAACUUGCUGUUGGACCAGGUCUCCUUGCCGUUUUCCUCCAUUUAAAAUGAAAAGUCAUCGUCAGAAAGUACGACUGGAAGGAUGUUGGAUGUAGUGGCCAGUACUAGCGUUUGCAUAGGGUGGCUUGGGCUCUUCGGGUGCCUACUUAUGACUUUACCACCUACUGGCAGCUGAUGAUUUUGGAAUUAUUUGGUGACACUAUUGUUCAUGCCCUUCGUUAUGCGGAUUCUUUUUGGGGUAUCCUCCAAGAUUUAUUUUAUUUUUUUCUGUGUGGAGAAUAAAAAAUGUCUCUGAUUUUAUAUUGCGUGGGAAUUACCGGCUUUGAAAAGAGAUUUGAGAUUUGAGAAAAAUAUUUUACUCGGUAAUGUUAACCAAUUAAGAAUUUCACACUGGAGACCAUUUUAUCUACGCUCUGUAUUUACCGAAGUGGAUGAAUAAUUGCUUGAAUAAUCUAUUUGAAAGGAAAGACUUCAAUUGGGCUAUUCUGGCUGUCACUUGUUUCUUUCCUUUCUUUUUAUGAUUUUCACUAAUAACGGUUCUAGCUUCACAUUUUCAGGCGAGUGUUCACACCCCUGGAAGUGGUUAUGUACUCCUACACCAUGUAAUGGGUGAAUCAGGGGGCGAUCGGGGUGUUUGGUCGUAUGUCUCUUGCCUGCAAACUCUUAUUUACACACUUUGCACAAACAUGCAUUUCCCGUCUUCAAUAUAGUUUUGAAAUGUCGAUACUUAAGAAUUCCAAAGGAUGUAUAUGGCCUAGGAGCUUCCUUGUUCUUUUAAUUUUAUUCACGUUUAAAAUGUCUACUCGCUGCUGAAUAACCACAAAACAGUACUAGUCUUUCAUAAAUUCGAACAUAAAGAUAAUCAUGUUCUGAAUGAAAGCCCGUCAGUUUGUGCUCUUGAAACACCAUUUGUUCCCUGCUUUUCUCUUGAUGUCAUAUGCUCAAUACCUGGUUCAUUAUCAGUUCAUAAGGAAAACUGCAUUUUUUUAGGUAUGUUGAAGGUGGGAUGGGCUCAGUUUCCUUGGCUAUCGCUAAUGCAGCAAGAGAAGCAGGUGCCCAUAUUCUAACAAAUACAGAGGUAUCUUAUUCCAAGAUUCUUGGUUUCCGUGUUUGAGUUUGUAGAUGAACAAAAAUAUACAGGAAACAUCUGGAAUAGGAGGCUGAGGGUCAUGGCAACCUACAUGUGCACCUCUUGAAGUCGUUCAUGACCUGACUGGUUUAGAAGAACCGAUGAUUUACAUUAACUUGACACCUUACAUUGCGCUGAUAGCCAUUGAAUCUGUUCUUUCUCAUGUCAAGCAAUGAUUAUGGACCUACCGUUUGCAUUACAUUACAAGCACGAAUUUUGUUUUCUUCUUCUACAUCUUUUUAUUUUAUUCUUCUUUUUCUCUAUAGAUAUCGUUUGCCCUUUUCUUUGAUUGAUCAUUCAGGUAGUUAAAUUGUUAUCAUUACCACAUAAUUGCCACUGGAAAUUUUCAUUAACAGCAGAAAAAUAAAAAUAAAGAAAGAGAGACGAAGGAAAAGAUGAUUGCUUUAUUUCUGGCUUACUCGAUAAUCUGACUAAAUGGGUAGCAGGUGACCUGUCUUUGGAGCUUUCCUGACCUUGUGUUGCUCAAGCAGAUGAUGUAAAGCUUCUUCACGGUGAUAAUCUAUUUUCAAAUUCAUAAAAUUGGUCAUCAUAUUGGUUACCCACAUUUGAAUUUCAGCUGAUUGACAGGACAUUUUAGUAAAAUAGUUCUUUUGUGAAUCAUGUAGUCGUCAGUGAUUCACAUCACAUUCAAUCCUCACCAUUCACUCAUUUAAGAAACGCCUUUGGACGUUUGGGUUUUUUUUUUCUUGAUUAGGUGUUGGUAUGAAAUUUUCUUGUUGAAACUGUACCGUUAUGUAGGUAUGGAUGCACUCUUCUUAUACCGUGUUUUCUAAUCUUAUUAUCACCAAAUUAGUAUGUGGCAAUUUUUUUAGGUUUCCCAGUUGAUGGUCGACCAAAGCUCUGUAGUGACUGGAGUGAGUAUUUUCAUGCACCAAAAUUGUUUAAUUUUUAAUCCUUUGAACAUAAAAUAUUUAGUCGAUGUCUUUUCCAGGUUGUUUUGGCGGAUGGAACGGAGGUGAAUUCUUCGAUUGUUUUGUCAAAUGCAACCCCAUAUCGGACUUUUGUGGUAUAUAUUUCUGUUGGUUAAUUCGUGUAAUAUAUUUUGCUAGAUUAGUGAUUUAAAAUAAUUCAAUUGCAUCACCGUUGAGGGUUAUUUGGGAUGAUAUCAGAGACAAUUUCAUGAUUGCUACAUGUUCUUCUUCUCAUGCAGGAAUUUAUUCCUGAAAAUAUCCUCCCUGACGAGUUUCUAAGUGGCAUCAAGAACUCUGACUACAGCUCUGUAAGACUCCUAAUUUUAUUCUUAAUUAUUAAAAAGCCUAAAGAGAGAAAAACAUUUUUGUGGAGCAUGUUGCGUUUUUCUUUUCCGUUCACAGUAGUAACUUUGAAUCUCUGGAAUCAAUCCGAUUUCAUGCUUAUAUCUCAUAGUUUCAAGGUCUCUAGCUUACAUUAAUUUGCAUUUGUGGUCGUUAUAUUCUUAUUUUGCCUUUUAAAUUUUCUUCUGUAUGCUUCUUUUUUUAUGGCUGUUAUUGAAGGAAUCUGGUACAGGAUAAAGAAAAAAAAUGAAGCUAAUGGGAUCCUAAGUAAUCCUGAAUACAUUAUAACACGUUUUCAUGCCGGAUGUUGGGGUCUGACGUUAUAAGUAAUCCUGAACAAGUUAUAAGUCAUACCCUGAAUCGUACGGCUAUCAGACCUAGUUGGGGUCUGGCGUUGUAUUGUAUCAUCCCGGAUCCUUUCCUCUCCCUUCUAGGGUGAGGAGAGUUUGAGUCCUUGAAAAUUAUUCGAAAAUAUCCUCAUCUCUCCUUAUUUAUUCAUGGAUAUCUACGAAUCAGUUAUCCUGUAUCAGUUACCCUCCCCUUCCCAUCACCAAUUAGUGUUUGACAUCAUACGAUCUAUAGCUAGGAAUCAAAUGGGAUUUUUUAUAUGCUAAUAUAUUUAGUUUGUGCCUAUAAGUUCCUGUUUUGUGAGGGCAGCUGCUGCAUUUGCUUCCUCAGUUACAUGUGAUGGCUGGGGAGUUGGUCCUACUGAAUCGUACUUGCUUGUCAUUAAUCUUUCAUUUUACUCAUCGUCGACAUAGCGUUAUGGCCUUAACCUUAUUCUUAUCUGUACUCGUCCUUGCCUAUUAAAGUAAUUGAAAUUGGAGGGUACUGCUAAGAUUUAUGCAGGUGACAACAGAAACAUUCAGGAGGUUAGAAGGAGAAUCAUUUGAGAUAUGGGCCUAGAACCUGGGUGAGAGAUUCCAUGAUCCUCAGGACAUCAGUGGCUCCUUUUUGACUUCGAGUGUAGCAUUUGGUCAUCCAGGAGUGUAACAUUCAGGAGUGUUCCUUAAACCCUUGAAGACAUCCUUAAACAUCCUGAAGUCUUCCAGACACAUUUACAUAAUCAAAAUGAGUCGUAGUGGUCUCGGAAUAAGGCAUUCAGACACCCGUAUACACCAAAGUAGCUAUGCUAUCCAGCUGAAAGCUUAUAUGCGCACCUCUAACGGAAAGUAACUUAGUCAUUUGUUCCAUGACCUAGAUUUUUUUGUAUGAUCAAGGGUUUCUAGUUUAUCAUGUUUUGAACCAUACAGCAUUUGUCUUGUGCAUCCUCAACUUUUGAAACUGAAUGAUAAUGCUGGCUCGUGGAUUUAGUAGGCUUUAGAUAUUUAAAAUGUGGCUAACCGAUUGAGCUGAAGUAUACAUGCUGCUAAAAACCGCAUUGAUCCUCUGUUGGUUGCUUUUUCACUCGAACAGGCAACAACAAAGAUUAACCUAGCCGUGGAUAAGUUGCCUCUUUUUCAAUGUUGCAAAUCUGCUCUUUCACAGUCUGGCCCUGAGCAUGUUGGCACCAUACAUAUUGGGUCUGAGAGGUAUUGCGACAAUCUCGUUUCAUCAAUGGUUAUGUAAAUUUCUUCAACCGAUUCAAUCUUGUCGAUUCUUUUUUCCAAUAUAUGACGCUAGGCUCCCCAUCUAAUUGCAUUAAGAUUAUAAUAAAAUAUUUUAGAAUUUAGGUUCUUCAAUGUUCGGUGCAUUAAUAGAUAUGUCUGUUAGCUUAGAUUGGAUCAAAAUUCGUAAUUUUGGUGAAAAUUAUACAUUAAAAAUAUUUUUUCCUCCAAAUUUUAUUGUCUGCGAAAGCUGGGUAGAUGUGUGCAUCAUUACCUCUACCACCCCCCAUAAGCAUAAUAAUAUGUCAUACUUAUCUGGAUCUUAGGACAUUAAAUCAAGAACCCAAAAAACUCAUAGAAAACUUUCUGUACUGUCAGCAACGUCUUCUUUUACCACUAACAAGGGCUUAAUAGCAUGAUAUUACUUCCUCUUGUAGACGAUUUCGACUCCUAUCCCUUAUUUUAUCUGUUGUUUUUACAGUAUGGAGGAGAUUGACAUGGCUUGCAGAGACGCAUUGAAUGGGCUACCAUCUGCAAGGCCUGUCAUCGAGAUGACAAUUCCAUCAGUCCUGGACAAGACCAUAUCCCCGCCUGGUAAGGGAAGAUGUCGCCCCUGAUAUUUAUUUUACCAAUGCUUUUCAGUGGAUAUAAUACACAUCAUAUCUUCUAUGAUUACUCCUUCAUUCAUUGUUCUGGAGUUGAAAUAGCCCGUAUAUGUUAAUGAAUAAAAACAUUAUUCUUCUACAGUGUACGCAUAUUGUCCAGAAACUCAAUCCUGGGCAGUUUUUGGUGUCAACUUUUCCUAGUCUUUAGUUGAUCUCUGUCGGAUGGAGCAAGCAUUGGUGGGUAUCUUCAUCUGUACCAAAGAAACCUUUCUUUCUUGGCAGCUCUGUAGACUAUUAUUUUUCUCGUGAUUCGAUGCAAGAACAUUAAGGAUUGAAUCAUCAGCUGAUGAGGAAGCUUUAGUUUGAUGAGCAGUUAAAGGCUUUCUUUGGGGAUGGACAUUACAUUACAGUUUAUAAAUAUUGAGCACAAGAUUGAAAUCUGGAAUUAAUCCUUUUUUACAUUCUUGUAAUUUUUCUAUUCAUUGCUUAUUUAGCACAUAAUACUAAAAUUAAUAGAUGUAAUGUUUUGAUAAUCUGAGAUGUAAUGUCCCACAUAAAAAAAAAUUGCCUAUAGAAACUAUGCAUUUCAUAAACCUUAUCCAACAGGAUCUGCAAUCCCCAAACUGUCUCUCUCCAUAAAUUUUCUAUUUCAAAGUUUCCCAUUUUAGUGAUGGGAACUCGCGUUACAUCAUCAUUGGACCACUUUCUCUAUCGUUUAUACAGCACGAAAACAGACCAGGUGACCUGCAUUUGCCUUUUAGGUUCUCUGGAUCCACUACUUUCUUCUUACCUUACCAGAAGAAGAUAGUAUGACCUCUAAUUUUCAUGGGUACUCUCUUUGAACUAUAGUAUUGAUCUAAAGCAUGUGGGAAGAUUAAUGAGCGUUAUUCUAGUUAAAAGUACAAUGAACAUUGCUUAAUGGGUCUCUCAAAUUGCUCCUGCUUCACCCUUCUGAGGCUUGGAUCUGAAAUGGCAUCGCCUAUUUCUGAAACCGGGUCUCUAUAAACAGUUUUCAAAAGUAUCUGAAAUGUAAGGCAAUGCAUGCCACACUAAACACGUACAUUCUCAUGGGAUAAAGGAACUAAUGGCCAACUUUGGUGCUUGGCCCUCCCUUCUCCCCUGCCUGCUGCAACACUUUGUGAUAACACCUUCUUGGGUUUUCUCCCCCUUUGCAUAUUGACAGAACCUCCUUUGCUGGAGAGUAUCGUUUGACUUCAUCCUAAUUCUAGCAUUUGACUUUUAGUUGUCUUCGCACCAUGCACUCCAAAUGAAAGUCAGAACAUGCAGAUGAAUCCCUCCUCAUCAUCAUCCAUAAACUCUUUCCUUCUUCAACUACCUCUUUUGGGACAAACUCGUUAUUUUCGGAACGAUCAACUGCAUAUGAUCGGCUGCUCAGUUUAAUCGUCUCUUUCCGUUCUGAAGUGCUACUUUUAUCUACGUCUGUUGCAUCGCAGGUAAGCAUGUCAUUAAUUUAUUUAUCCAAUACACUCCUUAUGAACUUGCCAGAGGCAGCUGGGAAGAGACAUCCAUCCGGGUGAGUGAACUCAGUUUCUGACGAUUCGUCUCUCUCCCUGCUUACCACUUAUGCACCUCGUUCCAUAGGGUUUGAUGAAGAUUACUGCAAAUGACCCAUGAUUACAUGCAUUAUUAUUCUCAUUUUCUUCCCGAUAAUGGAAGCUUGAGGACAUGUAUUCAUCUGUGAGCUGUGUUUUCAUUCAGGAAUCAUUUGCUCAGAGAUGCUUCUCCCUGAUUGAUGAAUACGCCCCGGGCUUCAGCUCUUCAGUAAUCGGGUAUGAGAUGUUGGCUCCCCCUGAUCUCGAAAGGGAGUUCGGCCUCACAGGUGAAAAAUACUCAUAAAUUCACUGGGUUCAGACAAGUAUUAUACUUUCUGGCGCCAUUCUUUUCCCAUGCUGCCAUGCAUCUGACCCACAUCUCAAAUCUUCUAUUUCUUUCAAUAUUUUCAGGGGGGAAUAUUUUUCACGGCGCCAUGCACCUGGACUCCAUAUUCUUGAUGAGGCCAGUCAAGGGAUGGUAGGGAAUCUCAUAUUGCCUGCGAUUGUAGAUUUACUGAAGGACAUGAGCGAAAUUGCUCUUACCCACCUUUCCAUUGCCACUGAUGAGGCUGGCGGCGGAUCAUGGCAGGUCGGCUUACAGAACCCCGGUGAAGGGCCUUUAUCUCUGUGGGAGUGGAGCUCACCCGGGAGGCGGCGUGAUGGGGGCACCUGGCCGCAAUGCUGCUCACGUUGUUCUUCAGGACGUGAAGAAAUCCGCAGCAACGUGA